AUGCUGCCUAAUGGAAUCGCAUCGGCUUUACUAUUGAGUCGGGGCUAUUUUGUCCUUCGCGGAGGCGUCUGGUUAGCUUACUCUGAGCAAUACAGAUAUAAUGUUUUCUAUCUUUCUGAACAAGCUGAAGGCUCUAGAAGUCUUAUCAGGACCUCAGAGACGCUGAACCUGUCCAGGUCCCCCGGAGGCCUACACGUGGAACGUUUCCCGUUUUGUGAAAGCUUUAAAUGA